GUCAUUAAGAUCCUGCUGAGCCAUGCGUUCUUCCAGGAGGAGACUGGUGUGCGUGUGGAGCUAGCCGAGGAGGACGAUGGGGAGAUGAUCGCUAUCAAACUGUGGCUGAGGAUUGAAGACGUCAAGAAGCUGAAGGGAAAGUACAAGGACAACGAAGCCAUCGAGUUCUCCUUCGACCUCAACAAGGACUUCCCCGAAGAUGUGGCACAGGAAAUGGUCGAGUCUGGCUAUGUGUGCGAGGGAGACCACAAGACGAUGGCCAAGGCCAUCAAAGACCGAGUGUCUCUGAUCCAAAAGAAGAGAGAACAGAGGCAGCUGGUCAGAGAGGAGUUGGAGAAGAGGAAUCAGAAGCAGCAGUAUCCCCAACAAGCAGCGGAGGCCCUCAGAUCCCCCCAGCAGAGUCAGUUACCCCCCCAGCCCCCUGUAGCCCAGACUGAGAAGGAGGACCCCGAGAUGGACCAGCAGCAGUACCAACAGGCCAACAUCUCCAUGUCAUCUGACGGAGCGGUGGACAACGGCCAGGGUUCGUCCGUGUUCUCUGAGUCCCAUCUGGGCCAGCUGAACAUGUCCUAUAGCAACAUCCCUGCCACCCAGCAGCACGGCCAAACCCAGGCCCCCUCCCCCUCUCCUUCCCCCCAGCUGCAGCAGCAACAGCAGCAGCCCAAUGCCUACCAACAGCAGAACAUGCCGCAGUCUGCGACUCACCAGUACAGCAGUGGAGGAGGAGUCUGGGCCUCAGCAGGCCUUCCGGACCCCACGCCGCCUCUCUUUCUCCCCUCCAUUCUGGAGCGCCCCAUCUCCUUCUCACCGCCGCCUGCCUGCCCUCCCUCCAAGGCCUACAACGCCCAACGCCGCAAGAGCACGUCCAUCUUGGAGGCCCAUACGCGCCACUUCCAGCCUGCCUACCCCCGCUACGCCAGCAGCCUGCACCCCUACCACCCGGGGAUGGAGGGGCUGGGCGUGGGUGGAGGAGGAGGAGUGGAUGGGCACCUGGGUGUGGAUCCCUCGUCCCUCUUCAUGGUGCCAGGCUACGGUGCUCCGAGGCUGGGGUCGGUUGGAGAGCCCAUGCACCAGCACCUCCAAGGUCAGUCCCUCCAGGACCCUCUGUACGGGUACAAGGACGUGAGGGCGGAGCAGCAGGAGGAGGUGGUGGAGGCUGUGCGGAGGCUGAGUCUGAACCAGGCAGCGUUGCUGGAUCACUUCGAGGCCAUGGCCUAUGGGGGCUACCCCAUGACUGCUCACCAGAUCAACCAGAUCAGCUUCCACCAGCAGAUGCAGGCUGCGGCAGCCGCCAGCCUGGCCGUGUACGACCCUCCACAGCCGGCCUACGCCCAGACCUACCACCCCCACAUGCAGAGUCACAUGCGCCUGACCCACAGCCCCAUCCCUCAGCUGCCACCCAUGAGCACCUUGGGCCCGCAGGCCUCGGGUACUACCGAUGGGUACCAGCUGCAGCACUCCGCCUCCUUCCCCCAGUCCGCUCCCCCAGUCAUGGAGCCCCCGCAAGGCAGCGUGUUCGAGUUCCACGUCCAAAACAUGGCUACUGCAGCGGCCGCCACUGGGGCCGACUCUGGCGUGCUGGCCUCUAGACUGUACCGGGCUCGCCGCGGCUCCAUGGACCUCAACCUGGAGGAACAGGGGGGACCAGGAGGACAGUCAGGGGGGUCUGGGACCUACAGCCGCCUGCAGCCAGUCACUGAGGAACUGUACAGCUACAUCAGCCCUGAGAUGCCUCUCCCUCCCGGGAGCCUGCUACUGCACCAGGGCCAGAAGGACUGCAGCCCGGAACCUUCCAGUGACUCCAUGGCCUCCUCUGACUGUGGAGAGUUCCACUCUCCUCCGCCCCAGUUCGGGGCCUUCUCGGCCGCCCAGUCCAUCCCACACACCUUCUACGGGGCGGAGGCCGGGGGGAGGGACGCCACUGCAGAGGGCCAGGGAGUGGGCCACCCCCCCAGCCAGCAGACCUUUCUGUUUGUGCCUCCCUCCGAGUCCUCUCACGUCAACAUACUACACACCACCUGGGCCCGACAGACGAACGUCCAACCCGACCUCUCGUAUCACCAGUUUCCUCUGGCCAUGCAGGGAAACCCUGGGCUGCAGGUGCAGCAGAUCCCAACCUCCCAGCCCAACACUGGACACCCUCCUGCCCCCAACUCCCAGCCAGUCCCCAUCGCCCACCAACAGCAUGGAGGUUACUACGUCACAGCGCUCCCUCCGCAGACCCCCCUGCAGGCCUCUCUCCCCCCCACCUCCCAGCCCAUGGUCUCUCAGCCCCAGCAGCAGCAGGCAGGCAGCACCGUGGUACAAAGCCCCUCUCAGACCCAGCUACCCCCUGGACCACAGCCCACACAGCCUUGCAGUAUGGCUCCACCUCCCUCCUCAGUGGGACUUGUCUCUGUGGCUCAGAUGGCCUUCAAUCAGCCCUCGGCCCCGGUUACUGCAGCCGCAGCCCAAGGGGCGGCGUCACCCCCAGGGGGAGCCCUGGUGUCCCCACAGAGCCCUAAAACAGCUGCAGCCUUACCUCUGCCUCCUGGGGCUCAUCCUCUACCUGGUUCUGUAUCUGCACCCACUCUGGUGACUCAUCCACCGCCGGUGCCACCGGCCUCCCCUCUGCCGCCCCAAAUGAGGCCUACUCAGCCGCUGGUCGUGGUGCCCGUCAUCAGCGUAGCCAGCACCUCCCCAGAGCCGCCAGGAGAUGCCCAGGCCCAGCCCUCCCAGACGGCUCCUCAGCCUUUGUCAUUGGACCAGUCACAGUUACAACCACCACAAGUGCCCUCGUCCAGCGGUCACUCUGACGUGGCGUCCGGCCUGAGCGAUGGAAAUGAUGGAGGCAGACAGGAGGGGCGCUCCAUCAAACGCCACCAGCGGCGCUCCGUACGGAGUCGCUCUCGUACCGACAAGAUCGGCAAAGCAAAGUUGAAUGUACUGAAUAUAUCCAACAUGGGCGACAGGGUAGCUGAGUGCCAGUUGGAAACGCACAACAGAAAGAUGGUGACUUUUAAGUUUGAUCUGGACGGAGAUAACCCAGAGGAAAUAGCACAGAUUAUGGUCACCAGUCUGUUUAUACUGGAGAGCGAGAGGGAGUCGUUCAUCGAGCAGGUCCGUGAGGUCAUCGAGAUGGCUGACGAGAAGGGUCUGGAGAAAGAUGGAAACACCCAGAUUGUUUCCCAGAUAGUUAGUGACCUCCAGCAGCAACAGAUCCCUGCUAUAUCUGAACCGUUGCCAGGUAUCCCUUCCUGUGCAGCCCAGGUGGUCCACUCUGCAGGCAGGAGGUUUAUAGUCAGCCCCGUGCCUGAGUCCAGACUCAAGGACCAGUUCUUUGCUGACUCAGCGGCUGCAGGCUCUGCCCUGCUGAGACAAGAUUCACAGUCCUUUCACGCCGCCCGUGCUGUAGCUGCAGGUCAGGGUCUGUCCCAGUCGGCCUCAGCGGUCAGCCUGCAGCAGGCCUUCUCAGAGAUGAGACAGAACCAGGGCCAGUACGACCCAGGGCCCAGCACCGCUCCUCCCUCCGUCCACAUAGCCUCCCUGCCUGUCCUGGUCCCUGCUGCAGCCACUACCACCACCAUCCCAGUCUUCUCCACUGCUCCUACAGCCUCUGCUCCUCUCCCCCAUGCUCAGGUUCCAUCUGAGGCCUCUGUGAGCUCCCCUCCCCCCACAGUCUCCAUCUCCCCUCCAGCCUCCACCUCCACCUCUCCACCUGCGACUAUACACCAGGCCACCGCCCCCAUCCCCACCCAGCUCCAGUCUGUUGAUACCCAGCCUCUCCUUUCCCAGGCCCCUCUCACCCUGCUGGUGACCCAACCCGUGGUCUCCUCCGUACCUAGUGUUACAGCCACCUCUGUGUCCCCCCCCAGUCCCUGCUGUCCUCCCCACCCUCCCAACACAACUACCCUGUCCACCUCAGCCUCCUUCCCCCAGACCUCUGGCCCAGGCUCCAUCCCUGGUGGUCCCACCACCUCCAUACCCACUACAGUCCUUUGUCAUUCCGCCACGGCCCCCCUGGUCAGCAGCUGUAGCAGUGAUAGUGGAGGAAGCUCAGAGCAGCUCCCUGUCCCUUCCACCGCUGUCCCCCAGCUCACCACUACUGUAGUCCCCACCACGGCUAUCCAAGGCCCCCUGCUAGCCCCCUCCAUUGCUAACCCCAGUGCAGAGCUCCCUUCUUCCUCCUCGCCUGUAGCCUCUCUAGCCCCAGGGGCCACGGUCCCUACCUUACAGCCCGUCACCACCACCAUCCCCGUGGUCCAGCCCACCCUGGUUCACACCCAGCCCCAGCCUGCUACAAUGCCCAACCAGACCCACGCCCAGUGUGGGGAGUGUGAGGUAGCCCUGGGCAUCGAUGACAUCCACGCCCUGGAUAAGAAGCUUCGCUCCCUCUUCAUGGACCUGGGUGGUGGUGGAACCACCCAGGCCGAUGGCUCUGUCGACCCAGCCGGAGGCACUGGUGUCCCGGGAACCUCUUCCCCAACCGGCCACUCAUCCACCCCCAGCUCCACAGGCACCCCCCUGCCCCCCUCCAGCCUCCCCCUGGCCUCCUCAGGACCAGGGCAUGUCUCUGGGACCCCCCUCACCACCCCGGGACAGGCUGGGACCCCUUCCACCUACACCCAGACUACCCCGGCCAAAGCACCUCUGUCUAGGUUACCGGUGAGUCAGUCAGCAUGGAUGUGGAGGCUAGCUUAUUAGAUGUGGCUUGAAGAGCACUGUUUAUAACACAUACAGUAUGUUGUAAACCAUUUCAGAUUUUUAUGACACCUCUGUGUAAGGUAAGUUUGUGUAAUUUUGUAUUUGUGGUCUUUUGGAGAAUUAUACAUCAUUAUUACAUAGUUGACAUACACAGUUAUUGCCUAGUUAAAUAAAUCAAAUCAAAUGAUUGACAUGUGAUUGUGCCAACUCCACCUUUAACAGCCUUUGUUAACCUCCUUGAUCAACUGCUUUUGUCUCCUAACGUUUUGUUGAAUGAUCAUUUGCUCUGCUUUCUGUUGCAUGGCAACAACUCUAUUCUAUACUGUGUCCAUCCCCCCUAGAUAUCAGGUAGCACACCAUAUAGUUGUUAAAACCCUCCACUGUAGUUAUGGUGUCAUUU